GUUGGACAGCGCAGGACUCUUGAAGUGAUAGCUAAUUGGUGAAAGAAAGGCCCUGAUUGUCUUGAGGGAGCUGGAAAGUGCUGCGUGUGCUGCUGAAAGGGACUAGGAAGAAGGUGCCUGGUUUCGCUGAGCAGCUGCUGCUGGAGAUGUUUGGAGAUUACAUCAGCAUUGGAAAAGAGGGGCCAAAAAAAAAAUCCAACUUCACAGAGACGGAGUUUAUGGAGGUUUUUUCCCCCCUUCCAAAGGUCUUCUGACAAUACUGUCAUUGUCAAUAUAAGAGUUUGUUAAUUCUUUAUGAAUAGCACAUGGGGCCUCUUGACUAAAUAGUACGUUACAUGUCCCAAAUCUGUCAGCUGGACUCUUCUCUCACAUGCUAGUGAGAUCACUUUGAUUGGAAUGUUAGAGGAAUUGCUGGGCUGGCUGUGCAGAACUGAAUGCUGCAUUAUAUAAUUAGAUCUCCCAGUGUAUUUUUUUUCACAUUACCUCUUUAUUCUAGCUUAAAUAUGGAAUCAGUCCUUUUGAUGGUUUUGCUGGUUGUAAUUAUAUUAAUACGAUUCAUUUUGUGGUCCUGUCUUAGUGCUUAUAUAGAUUAUAAACUGUCCCAAAGGUUUCCUGGCACAAAAAAAGAGGACUAAGACUUCAAAAGGCUCGUUCAGGUUUGAAUUGACAAUGGGGAGAGCUGGGUAAGGUAAAUGGAGCUAGAGCAGCUUUUACCUUGGGAUCUGAUGAGAGAGAAAUGACCUGCUGAGACUGCAGCUGAGUGAAGAUCCUUCAGAAAGCCCUAUGCUGACAGAGGGGAAGCAAUGACAACUGAUUGAGUCAAAUGACUUCCUAUCUGACUUGGGCAUGGAUUUGCUGUUGGGAACAGACUUGUGGACUUCUGCCAAUUAAAUGAUGUGAACAAGCUGGAAAGAACCCUCUUGCUGGGCAGUCCAAGAGUGCUCAGUGUCCACAAGCCAUGCUGUGGGCUGGCAGGAGCACAUUUUCACCUGGCUGGUUGAUUUGUUACCAAACAAAUCAAUCCCAGCCAGUCAGAUCUGAAACUGACUGAAUGAUUUUAACUGACCAUAAUCUGCCAAAUAUUCACAUUUCUUAGCAAGUGAUGUAUAUGAGUACCAGUACAAGGUGGAUACCGCUGGAAUAACCUGUCCCAUGGAAGAUGGAUUUAUGUCUCAGAGAUUGUUUGAUGGACUCUGGCUGUGCUUCAGCACCAACAAGAAGUGGGGUGACAACAUGAGUGAGUUUUGAUACCAAAGCCUGCAAGUGACCUUCAUGCCUAGCCUGAAACAAGCACCCUACUAGCACACUGGAGGAUUUGACUCUUUGCCCAAGGACAAAGUGACUUGGGAUUUCUUGGUAAUUUCUUAACUUCCCUGGCAAAAGCAAGCAAAGUUUUUCAAAUGAACUGUCUUCUUUAAAAUAGGUGUUGUAUUAAAUCAAACAACAGUGUAAUACUGUCUUUUAAGAACUAAAUUUUUCUACAGUAAAGAUAGGGAAAUUGUGUUACCUUGCCCUAGAAAUGCUCUAUCCUUGGCCUAGUUAAUCUUUAAAAAUUAUUUUUUAAAAAAUCCUUUUUUUUGUUUCAUCAUUUUCUAUCUCAUGUGAAAGGGAAGGUUACUACUUCAUAUACUUAUUUUUAUAUAUCUUGGUAGCUCACAUGAUAUCAGAGUUGAGCUAGGCAAAAGCCUACAGUAUUCCCAUACAGAGUUUCUGGCCCAUUCAUGUGUCACACACUCCUACAGGCUUGUCAUUAGUAACUGCUCAUCAGCCCUUGUCUUUUAGAGCCUCCUGAAAAUCAGACAUGAGAGUUGAUAUGUGCUUAGGCAGUGAAGCAGAGUAAAUGUCAGGUCAAUUGAUUUCAGCAUCAUAUUUUAUUUAUGGUGGAUGACCAAUCUACAAAACAGCCUGUAAUGCAUGAAGGUGCAUGUCAUGGGCUUGAAAUCCUGCCAGACAACAAUAAAUUAUAUGUAGAUGUAACUAACCCCUUGUCUGUUUCUUAAUUUUAAUGAUAGUUCUGUCCAUUUUUUGUUUCUCCAACACCAGCAAACCACAAAAGGAAAGUGCAUGUUGUCUACUUGAUGUGCCAACAUCCCUUUUAUAAGGAGUAACUGGAAAAAUAGUGACAGUAAUCCAUUUUUCUUCUUUCAGUUAAUCAUCGCUAUUCUGAGCUGUUUUGUGCAAAACAAAGCUUGUGGAGAAAUUGAUAGUGCCUUUAAGAAAUAAAUCUUCUCAUUCUUUAUUUCAGUCCUAUGGAAAUUGCAUUUGACAAGCAAUACAAAACAGUAUACUGGUUGUACUAAUUAAAAGUGUGGAUGUAAUGAGAAGCCAUACGGGUGAAGUUGUGGUUUACUGCCUUUAACAUUUGGGGAUAUUGGAACUGACAUCAGUGUGGAAUUCACAACUUUCAUUUUUUUGUCCCUGCAGGGCAGCGUUUCAGGUUUUCCCUGUAAAUCAGAGCUUGUGGUCUUGUUAUGGACCAUAUCCUAUGGACUGGAUCUGUUGGUAUUUAUGUACCUAAAACAUUUGAUUUGGACCUUAUUUUAGUCACAUGAGUUGCACUCUGAUUAUAAGAGUGGUCUGGCCAAAUAUAAUUUGGCAUAAUAGUGCUCUGUGUCCUACAGUGGUAAAACUGGCUGCAACCCCAAGCAGUUUAUUAGAACAUCCAUGUUUUGAAGCAUAUUUAAAUAAUUUAAUAAUCAUAAGAAUUUUGACUGAAGAGUUAAUUUAGAUCUUGUUGCCUACUAGACUCCUUAUGCAUUCAAAGCAAUUUUAAUAGCAACUUGGUUAAUUUCUCAUUGCAUUCAUAUUGUUGUUAUCCCAUCCUGCAGGGUGUGGGAAGCCAUCCUCUUUAUUCUGCAUUACAAAAUUAGAACUAUCACACUUUUAGGAGUGAAAAAUAUAAAGGAGAUUGAGAUCUUCCUCUUUACCACCAUAGGUCUUUUCCCUCUCUCUUUCCAUGGAGAUAAGAAAAAUCUAAGCCCCUUAAGUGUGGUAUGAUCUGAAAGCAUCCACUGGUAUUUCCUAUGGAGCAGUGUGCUGACAUUUAGAUAUUUAAAAUAUAUUUAUACCCUGUUGAUUUUGUGUCUGCAUUUAAGGAUUUCUUUAAAAAUAAACAAUUGCUUAAUGUCAGUUUUGAGCAGUGGACAGAGUGAAUGAAGAUUACAGGGUGGAGUGCCCUUUCAAGACAUGAAACAAAGGUAUGUGUAAAGAAAGAGAAAAAUUAAAGUGAAAUACUGUGAUAUUAAAAUCCUUGCUAAUGUAAAAUUAUUUUUAUUUUUAAUAUAUUGAUUAAAAUCUACUGUAUAUAAAUCUAUUUGGUAUGUUUAUAUUAAUUUAUAUAAUUUGCAUGCUAAGCAGUGGCCAAAAUUACCAUGUAACCUACUGAGAAGAUACCCCACUCUUUGCCUGAAGACAUUAUUGUGGAGAACAUAUGUAUAUGUAUAUAUAGAUAUAAAUGUAUAUAUAGAUUAAAUAGAUCCUAUUUAUGCAUCUGAACCAAAAAUAAAACUGUAUGAUGUAUGGAUGAA